UCCGGUGUGGUGCACGUUCGCUGCUCCCUCGCAUUUCUCUGUAUGUUGGAUUUUGAUUCAGCGUAAACUGUGAGCGCCACUGAUCUUCAUAACUGUUCUACCGUUUUACUGAGGGAGGAAAGAUCAACAAGCCGCCAAGAUGCCGCGAAUUAUGAUAAAAGGAGGCGUCUGGCGCAACACUGAGGAUGAGAUCCUCAAGGCAGCGGUGAUGAAAUAUGGCAAAAACCAGUGGUCCCGUAUCGCUUCCCUGCUGCACCGCAAGUCUGCCAAACAGUGUAAAGCCAGAUGGUACGAGUGGUUGGACCCCAGCAUCAAGAAGACAGAAUGGUCCAGAGAAGAGGAGGAGAAGCUGCUUCAUUUGGCCAAGCUGAUGCCCACUCAGUGGAGGACCAUUGCUCCUAUCAUAGGACGCACUGCUGCCCAGUGUCUGGAGCACUAUGAAUACCUGCUAGACAAGGCAGCGCAAAGGGACAAUGAGGAAGAAGUGGGAGACGACCCCAGGAAGUUAAAACCAGGAGAGAUCGACCCUAAUCCUGAAACUAAACCUGCCAGACCUGACCCUGUGGAUAUGGACGAAGAUGAGCUGGAGAUGCUGUCAGAGGCCAGGGCUCGACUGGCCAACACCCAGGGCAAGAAGGCCAAGAGGAAGGCCAGAGAGAAACAGCUGGAGGAAGCCAGACGGUUGGCGGCUCUGCAGAAGCGCAGAGAGCUGAGAGCUGCAGGAAUCGAUGUUCAGAAGAAGAGAAAGAAGAAGAGAGGAGUGGACUAUAAUGCUGAAAUCCCCUUCGAAAAGAAACCUGCACCGGGUUUCUAUGACACCAGCAUGGAGCAGUACGUCGCUCUGGAGCCAAACUUCAAACGACUCAGACAGCAGCACUUGGAUGGAGAACUACGCAGUGAGCAAGAGGAGAGGGAGAGGAAGAAAGAUAAACAGAAGAUCAAGAAGAAGAAAGAGAGCGAUCUCCCAUCUGCCAUCCUGCAGACCAGCGGAGUGGCUGAGUUCACCAAGAAACGCUCCAAGCUGGUCUUACCUACACCACAGAUCAGCGAUGCUGAGCUGGAGGAAGUCGUCAAAUUGGGCGUCGCCAGCGAGGUCGCCCGCCAGGCUGCAGAGGAGAGCGAGAGCGGCAACUCGGCGUCCUCGGCACUCCUGUCAGAGUACAGCGUCACCAACACCAUGACAACAGGGCUGCGUACCCCACGAACCCCCGCAGUCCAGGACAGGAUACUGCAGGAAGCCCAGAACCUGAUGGCUCUGACCAACAUUGACACCCCUCUGAAAGGAGGCCUCAACACACCGCUGCAUGAGAGCGACUUCAGUGGAGUGACACCUCAGCGGCAGCAGAUCCAAACACCCAACACUGUUCUCAGCACACCGUUCAGAACCCCUGGACCAGGUCAGGGGCAGGAAGGCAUGACCCCUCAAGCUGGAGGAGGGAUGACCCCACGUGGGUCAGUGACCCCGGGUUUGACCCCCGGCCGCACGCCGCUGAGGGACAAGCUGAAUAUUAACAGUGAGGAGCAACUGGCUGACCCUGCGUACGCUAAACACAUGCAAAGAGAAAGCCUGCAGCAGCUGAGGCAGGGCCUGAUGUCACUUCCUGUUCCCAAGAACGACUUUGAGAUCGUUCUUCCGGAAAACGCAGAGAAAGAGCUCGAAGAAACGGAGACCGAGACGGGAUUCAUAGAGGACUCUGCAGACGUGGAGGCACGAAAGCAGGCUCAACGGGAGGCAGAAAGAGAGAAGGAGCUGAAGCUGCGACACACUGCUGUUCAGAGGAGUCUCCCCAGACCCACUGAGGUAAAUGAGUCCGUCCUCCGUCCCACCUCUAUGGAGCCGCUCUCGGACCUCCAGCUCGCCGAGGAGCUGAUCAAACAGGAAAUGAUCGCCAUGCUGCACUACGACUGCAUGCACCACCCAUCAGCCAACGCCGCCGGUCAGCUGCAGCGCGGCAAAAGCAGAGGCCCCACCUCUACAUCCAACAACGCAUCACAUAUAGCGUUCCUGGAAGCUCACCCCUACAAGCCGAUUAGCCCAGAGGACAUGGAGCAGGCAAAGGUGAUACUGGUGGCAGAAAUGGAGGUGGUGAAGGCAGGAAUGGGCCACGGUGACCUCAGCAUGGAGGCGUACAGCCAGGUGUGGGAGGAAUGCUAUGGACAGGUUUUAUAUCUACCGACUCAGAACAGGUACACCAGAGCUAACCUGGCGUCAAAAAAAGACCGUAUCGAAAGCCUGGAGAAAAAACUAGAUGUGAACCGUGGCCACAUGACAGCAGAGGCCAGGAAAGCAGCAAAACUGGAGAAGAAACUCAAAAUCCUGCUGGGAGGGUUCCAGUCCAGAGCGCUGGGGCUCCUGAAGCAGCACAAUGAACUCUGGGAACAGGUGGAGCAGGCAGCCACAGAGCUACAGACCUUCAGUCAGUUGAAGAAGCAAGAAGAUACUGCGAUUCCCAGGAGGCAAGAGGCUCUGCGGGAGGAUGUGGAGAGGCAGAUGGAGCGAGAGAGAGAGCUUCAGCAGAGAUAUGGAGAGCUGCUAAUGGAGAGGGAGGCCAUGCUCAACAGUGCCCAGAAGUACUGAGCCACACACACUAACACACAUUCACACAUACAUACAUGCUACACACACUCAAGUACUCAUCCAGGAGCCACUGAUGUGAUGCUAACAGCUGCUGAGAAAAACACAAUCGAGUUUUCUCGCUCUUCAGCUAUUGAACCCUUCUGUCAUUUUUCGAUAUUUGUGGCAAUUCCAGAGAUAAGUCCCACCUCCAUGUGCUCAUGAUGCUAUGAUGUCACAAGCUGAGUUUUGAGCAUGCUCAGUCGUCCCUUGUGUUUCUGUAUUAGUGACCAAUAAAGUUUCUUUUCAACAAUG